AUGCACUGCGGCAAUCUGGAUCAGAUGCGCUGCUGCGUCAUUCAGGAGAAGCUUGGCUAUUGGAAGGAACGGAGGCGGAAACGGCACACGUCGAAAGUGGCGCCCGCGGGCCCUGCCGUCGGAUGCGGACAAAAGCGGUACGGGGAGCGAGCGAAGAACCGAGCGCUCGCGCGAGACCUGGAGCGUUUGAUCGAAGAAUGUGAGACGCUGCUGCAGCGGCAGAAGGGCGGGGUGUUCCCCGCCAUCGAUUGGCGGCCUUUUACGAGCCGGAAGAGAUGGCCGGAUGGCGAGAGGGGUUGGAUGGGCGUAAUGGAGGACGAGGUGCGCAGCGCUGAUGUCGUCGGCGUCGGUGGUGGGGAUGUGAGAUCCAAGAAGAAGAAGGAGAAGGAGAAGAAGAAGAAGAAGGUGCCGACCGAUAUUGCGAAGGCGGUUCUCCGUACCCGGUUCGCGACAUGUUUCCCACGAGCGGCGGACAAAAGGGCGUGUGCAGGGGAUGGGGAUAGGGGUACAUGA